AUGUGGAGAGAUCAGAGAGAGGGUGCAGAGUCUCCAGACCUGUUUGUUACUCCACCUGAAGACCAGGAACAACUGUCAGAUAAAGAGGGUGCCAAUAAUAUCGAGAGUGAUCCAGAAUUUCCUAACAGUCCUCCAUUACCAGUUACUGCGAAAUCACCAGAUCCAAAUGGCGAGGGUGGAAAGGAGACAAAUUCCCAACAGGCUACAACGGCUGGGCCAUCAUUAAGAGAGGUUGUAUGUCUUCCAAUGUCUGGUACAUGUGUAGCUUGUCACAUGGUCAUCUUCUCUGAUUCUUUAAAACAACUGCGGUUCAUCUGUGAAGGAGAUGCUCCAUCCUCUGGAGCCCUGGGGCAGUUGCAAGAGUUGAUGGAAUCUAACAGAACCAGUAGAUUGUCACGAUUGAGAACAAGAAGACAGAGACGAGAAAUGGAGCAAGAACAUUUGUUUCCAGAUGACGAACCAAAUGAUGAGUGGCAGCAGUUACAGAUUAGGCCAAUAUCCAGCCAUCUUGACCAAACAAGCUUGAUCAUUAGAGGAUUUAUUAUAUGGAAAAAGAAUACUAUAGGAGUACUACAGCGCAUAAUCCCGAGUGGGCAGGAAAGCCCCAUCUUGCCCUCUCGGGUAGCCAAUCACAAUGCAGGAUUGGGUUCUUCUUCCCCGCUCAUGCAUUAUUUGAGCUAUUUGUUGGUUGACCUAAGACUUGAGAGGAGGUUGACUGCAACUUUCUUACUGGAGCUUCUUUAUCAUCCACAGCCUACCAGUAUGAUUCGUCUUUCUCGGCGAUACAAGAAAACACGAUGCAGACCCAGUAACUUGAAAGAAGCCAUGAAAGCGAACAUCUAUUUUGCUCCUCCUGGGUUCGACUUGCCAGCUUAUACCGUGCUAAUUAUCAGAAUGUUUGAAAAGUUCAGAAGGCGGUUGUAUGUGGCACAGUCCAAAGUCAAAACACGCAUCCCCUGGGGAGCCCCCGUACUUCCCGGUACUAGAGACACACUGGAGCUACAGCUGCCUAGGAGGAGUACUGCUUCUGUAGGGACCCGGAGUUCCGUUUUCGUUAGGAAUUCUCUGCAUGGAGCAGGAGCAGAUACCAAGAGCCAAUCAGAAUUUGACCUUUCUGAUCGCAGAAGAAGCUUGAGGAGCUCAUCAAACCCUGUAAAGCAAGCAACGGCCUCCACCUCCACAAGCAAAGCACCCAGUGCAACUGUACCACCUUAUACAGUUGACAGCGAUAGUGAUGAUGGUGAAUGUUUGAAAUCUUACCUGGACGAGAUGGCUCGCCCAUCGAGCUCUACUAAAAAGCCAGCGCCGAGCUUUUCACGGAAUCGAGGACGUUCUAAUAUAGAGAUUGCGGAGGACUGGGAAACGGGAAAAACAGAAGCAUCAGGCGAAUCAUCCGUUAAAACACAAACUAAGUCGAGCAGUGAUGGAGUUACUUCCAAUGUGGAAAUUGCCGAUGAUGGAAAAGAAGAGACUAGAGAACCUGUAGUUGGUGAUCAAGGCAGUUUGGACGAUGCCAAUGUUGUUUCAGACCGUGAAGCAAGUGAAGUUCAGUCAAGUACGGUUGGUUCGUCAGCUGGGACACUAGAAAAUAAUAGCAAAGUAACAGUGAGUUCUGGAACAGGUCAAACAAAGCUGGACAAUAAGAAUUCAUCGAGUGAGGGUGGAGUUUUACCUGACAGUAGAACAGCUAGCAAUGAUUUGAGUUUGAUGGACAUUGACCAAGAAAACAAAGCAGAGAUAAUUCGGCCUUCUAAACGCCGAAGUGUCUCGCGGCCGGUUAUCAGCGAUGAUUCAACCGAUGAUGAGGGCGACUUUUCUCGACCAUUGCUUUCUGUGCGUUUCCCUGGAAAGGAAACUUCAGUUAGUAGUGAGGUUCCUGAUAGCGGAGAUGUUGCCGGGACUCACGAUCAAGACCCACUUGCUGGUCAGUCUCUAACCCCACAGAGUGACUCUCAAGGAAUGGUCGGCAAGAGUAUNUUGUGUUUCUGGGUUUUUCUCCAGUUCAUACUUAAGCAAUUCUUUGUUAAUCUCCCUCUCUUGUCCACCAGCUCUCUUGAUGACUUGCCCUCCACGAGUGAGCCAAAGGAUGCCGAGACCGACAUGCGCGAGUCCACCGUAGAGUGUCCGCUGUGUUAUCAGCAUUUUACUUCAAAAGAGAUAGAAGCCCAUGCUUCCGACUGCCAGGGCCCACCCACACAGAGAGAGGAGACUGGUGCUAGGAGCGAGUCUGGGCCGAGCAUCAGAAGUGUUCCUGCUCGGGCUGAUACGAACCCGUUGCCUUCAGUCUACCGAACUUUAUCAGGCGAAAGAGGAGAAUUAAAAAACUUGAAAGUGGUGCUUCAGAGGUCGCCUGUCGCGAAACAGAAGCUCCUCCGGAAAGCAACACAAGAAACGGAGUCCGUCAAGCGAAGUCUUGCGUUUGAAAAGGAUUCCAGACCUUCUGGAAGCCUUGAUCAGUGUCGCAGUUCUAGAAGCUCUGGUCAAGAUUCGAGAAAACCUAGCAGGAACACCAGAGCAGCCCUAAGGACAGAAUCAGAGAGCGAAGAGAGUGGGUACGCGAGAGAGAAAGAAGAAAGCAGUUCAGCGGAAGUCUAUAGCUGGCUUGACGCAUCAAGUCCUGAAAGGAAGAAGCCAAAGCAUACAUAUGGAUCGUCUGGUGGAGGUACUGAACCCGAAGACCUAAGGCGGGAGUUGCGAAUGCCUGUAAUCGAUCUUGACGACGAAGAUGAUUUUAUGGGAGAGAAUUCAUUCGCUUUUCACGAAUUACGCCAUCGCUACAUGAUGGAAGCGGAGGAAAUUCGCGAUCCUUCGGAGCUGAAGAAACGGAUUGACGACCUGGAUGCAUUGUCGGCGAUCUUUUCUGUCGGAUACGAUCGUGGGCGCCGACGAGGACGACACGGCCGUCGUCACCAUAGAGACGAACAGUGA